ACCUAAAAAGCCUAAACUAUAAAAAAGAAAUUAAUUAAAUAAUAAAUAUAAACAUAAACAAAUUCAAAAAUUGUGUUCAAAUACCCCCUACAAUUUUUUAUUUACAUCUAUUUUACAGUCCUCUUUAUACCAUUAAAAAAUUAUUCAAAAAAAAAAAGAAGCUAAAUGAACCCCCAGCCAUCACCUGAAGUAGUUGAACAGAUAGAAUCUGUGAUACCUUUGGGCAUAAAUAAAGGGGAUAUAUUUUCCUCACUUGAAGAAAUCGAAGCUAAAAUUGAGGAAGUAUCGAGGGCGAAAUAUCUCUCGUUUUAUAAAAGGGACAGUAGGACCAUUCAAACUGCAAGGGACAGAGUUAAAAGGCCACUCGACGAAAGCCUUGUAUUCUAUCAAGUGAAAUAUAACUGUAUAAAGGGAGGACAAAAGUACGUCCACAAGGGAAAAGGAUUUAGGCCACCUAAAAGGUCAUGUCGGUCUGAGGAAUUGUGCUUGGCACAUAUCCAUUUUACGGUAACUCAGGCAGGCAACCAGUUUGAGGUUACCAGUAUAAACAAUGUGCAUAACCAUGAGGUUUCUUUGGAGGCUUACCGGCGGUUACCUCUGAAUAAAAAAUUGGAUGAAGAAACCAAGCAGGUAGCAGUUAGCUUGCUAAAUUUAAAAGCGGAUAAGCAAAUAAUAAACGAGAAAAGUUAUUAUGAUACUAAGUUACAUAUUACCGCGUCUGAUAUCAAUACGUUAUAUGCUGGGAGAAUAAAAGAACAAAUUAUGUAUAAGCAAAUUGUGAAUAAACUUAUACACAGGAAGGACUGCCAUCUUUUAGUGGACGACGAAGACGCUUUUCAAGGUCUCUUUUUUUGUAACGAAAGGAUGAAAAGUACAUUUGGCGCUUACCCAGAAAUAAUUUGCAUAGACGAGGUCCAUAAGUUUCUUUCUAAAGAAGCGGCGAUGUAUACCAUGCAAAUUGAAGAUGGUAAUGGCGAAUGCCAAGUGGUGGGCGUAGCAAUUUUGGUUACAAGGCAAAAACCUUACGUUCAGUGGUUCUUGGACACAUUUAAAAGCGUUUGCUCGUGGGAAAAUAUCCAGAUCAUCAUGGCACCUCAAAGUUUCGAUCAAGAAGACGAUUUACUUCGAGACACUUUUCCCCAAGCAGAAAUCUGCACCAAUAUCUUUGAAACGGUCCGAAUGUGUCAAAAUAAUAAACGUACCAAUAAGGGGUUUUCCUCGCGAGAUCAGUCGGCCACAAUAAACCUGUUAAUAAAACUUUUGCAAGCUGAAAGCGAAGAGGAUUUUGAAAAUAUCAAAGAUACAUUGAUCAAACCAAUUGCGAGCGUUUGUCUUCAAUACUUGGAAGGAAAUUGGGAUAAUUUUAAACAGGAGUGGAAUCCACUUAUGGGAAAGAGAAUUAAAGAUUUCCUCAAGACCAGUCAUGCCUUGCUGUAUUUUUUGCUUGCUAUUACAAAGAAAUCCCCUGGACAGUGCAGUCUUAUUGAUUCCAUAGAUAGUUUGUUCUUUGCCAUUGAAAUGCUGGAAAACGAAAGAGCCCAAAGAGUAAAUAAUAUGCUACAGAGACAAAAGUUUAGUUCCUUUUCAUCUAAUGGUGUAAAGAAGAAAUAUCAGGACAUGUUAACUGAAUAUGCUUUUUUAAAAGUUGUUGGUGAGUUAGAUCAGAUGGAGGCAGUGGAGGCAGUAGAUGUCAGUGAAGACUCGGAUGACGUUGUUACGUUUCAAACUAAAACACCUGACGUGCAAAAAUGUUUUAAAACGACAAGUUCAGACUGCACUUGCGCAUUUUAUGAAGCAUUUACGUUACCUUGCAGGCACCUCUUCCAUGUAAGGCAACAUCUCUCGAAGGAUUUGUUUAUGGAAGAUUUAUGCGCUACAAAAUGGACUAUGGAUUACUACCUAAUGAACUGUCCAAAUUCAAGGAUAUAUCUGCAAGAUACAAUUAGUGCAGAAUCUGUAAAUGAUCUUGAAAAGUCUCCGGAAGAUAAUAAAUAUAAUAUGAUUGUGUCAAAAUGCAGUACAUUAGCCGGUGCUUCGAUGCAGGCUCCAGACGAAAUAUUUCCCGAUAUCCUAACGUUUUUGGACAACGUGUCCACCACACUUACGUGCAAGAACUAUCAGCUUUUACAGAAUUUUAAUAAACAGUGUCGUAAGCGAGUUAGGAGUGAUAGCGACAGUACUGUUGACAAUGUCGAAUUAAUCCCCGAAGAAACGAAUUCGGAACACUCUAAUUUAAACGUGACAAAUCACGUAGACGUUAGCACGGAUAACAACGAAGCCGACGAUGACGUUUUGAUAUUAGACGAUACGGAAUGUCGCAAAGAGCAGUUUACUUUCGGAAGAAAAAGAGGAAGACCCCGAAAAGAGGGAAACGAGAAAAUAUCCCGAAGAGACGAUUUGCCGUUCUUUAAAAGGCCGGCAAAAGAGAGACGCAGCGUCAUACUCUCGUUUUUACUGCGAAACACCAACGACGUUUAUAAAAACCAACCUCUAGAGAUCCGGGAUUUGCUGCCGGAAGAAAAAAUCGAUAACAGGAUCGCUUACGCGGAUUUAACUGCGAUAAGAAAGUACUUUUCGGACGACUGCUGGACCUACAUCGAAAAACUGCAAAAAGACAAAGAAGUGGGCGAUUGGUUUUGUUGCGUUUGCAGGGUAAAAUUUGCGAAAACCGACUCCAGUAUCGAGUGCAGCUACUGUUUGAACUGGAGCCACGCUAGUUGCUCUAUCGGUCUGGGAAGCCACGAAACCGAACAGGGAGGCUAUUUUAAAUGCGCCAAAUGCUACUUUAUGACUUAGGAAUUUUACAUUUACUUAUUUAUUUUGUGAUAAUAGUGCGUAAGAUCAUAUAAAUAUAUAUAUGUACAAUUUAUAUAUAGGCGGAUUAAUUUUUGUAAGCAUUUUCGCAUGUUUGAAUUAUACUGAGUUUUAAAGAUU